CGGACAGGUCUGUCAAGGGGGGGAAUGGGAUAUUAGCAGUUGCUGCUGUUUUGAUAUUUUUGUUUUGUGUUUUUGUUUUUAUAAUUUGGAAUUUGGUUGUUUUGGUUAAUCUGGUUGAGAUAGAGAGAGAGAGAGAGAGAGAGAGAGAGAGAGAGAGAGGCGAAGGAAGAGAAUAAUCGAAGAAGAGAAGGAGGGUGGGGUUGGGGUGUGGUGGUGGCAUGGAAGGGCUGGCCAUGCUGAGGCAGCUAAUCGGUCAGCUUCAGGAGCUCUUCGAACACUACGGCUCUCAUCCUCAUUAUCACUCUCAUCACGUCCAACACUUCAACAUUAACAACAACAACAACAACAACAAUAACAGAUGGUGCUUCCUCAACAUUGAUGAGGGCUCUGUAGAUGAUUACUACAGUUUUGUAAUGGCUGCUGGAAAAUCUGGUAGCUUCAAGAUGUUGGAAUCUUACAAGCCUCCACCCACUAAGAAGUCUCGCAAGGAGCGGACCCGGGGAAGAAUAUCUGGAACUGCCGAUACAGCUGAGGUUAUGGAACAGCAAAUUUGGAAAGAUUUCCCUGAAGACCUUUUUGAAGCUGUCAUCGCAAGACUUCCAAUUGCCACAUUUUUCCGUUUUCGAUCUGUUUGCCGGAAAUGGAACUCCUUGCUGAGCUCUCAAAGUUUCUCGCACCAUUGUUCCCAAGUCCAACAGGCCAAUCCCUGGUUUUACACCAUAACUCAUGAGAAUGUGAGUUCCGGAGCCAUCUAUGACCCAUCCCUGAAGAAAUGGCACCACCCUUCCAUUUUCUCUAUGCUCAGAAAGAUGAUCAUUUUUCCUGUGGCUUCAGCUGGAGGCCUGGUAUGUUUCCAUGACAUUAGUCAUAGGAACUUCUAUGUGUGUAACCCCCUGACUGAAUCUUUCAAAGAGUUGCCAGCCAGGUCAGUUAAGGUCUGGUCUCGAAUUGCUGUAGGAAUGACUCUGAAUGGGAGUUCGGCCAGGGGUGGCUACAAGAUCCUAUGGUUGGGUUGUGAUGGGGAGUAUGAAGUUUAUGACUCAGUGAAGAACUCUUGGACCCAUCCAGGAAACAUGCCCUCAAAUAUUAAGGUGCCACUCUCUCUGAACUUUCAGUCACAGACCGUUUCCGUUGAUGGCACACUUUACUUCAUGCGGUCGGACCCUGAAGGAAUUGUGUCAUAUGAUAUGGUUACUGGGGUUUGGAAGCAGUAUAUCAUUCCUGCCCCUCUGCAUCUGACGGACCACACACUUGCAGAGUGUGGAGGCCGGAUCAUGCUUGUGGGCUUGUUGACCAAGAACGCUGCCACAUGCGUGUGCAUAUGGGAGCUACAGAAGAUGACACUCUUGUGGAAGGAGGUAGACAGAAUGCCAAACAUAUGGUGCUUGGAAUUUUAUGGAAAGCACGUUAGGAUGACUUGCUUGGGUAACAAAGGCUUGCUCAUGUUGUCCUUGAGAUCAAGACAGAUGAACCGAUUGGUUACAUAUAAUGUAUCCAGCAGGGAAUGGCUCAAGGUUCCUGGAUGCAUGGUGCCACGUGGGAGGAAGCGGCAAUGGAUUGCUUGUGGCACUGCAUUUCAUCCAUGCCUGACCGCUAUGGCUUGAUUCAGCCUCUGCCUUUCUUGCGGCUUCAGCAUGUUAAGGACUCAGAUACUGCAUUACAUUGGGUACUGGUUUUAUAAUGAUUGGCUGAUAGCAAUUAAACCAAUUCAUUUCAGCCCAAUUUUCAUUGUCAUUUUGAUAAAGUAGACCAUAUCAUGGGGUUUAUGAUGGUUAAGAUUCUCCACGUUUAUGUACAAACUUGACAGAUUACUUUGAUCUCUGAAGAACAAUUUAUAUUGCCUGCCUUUGGGUCA